AAAUUUUGUCGCUGACAGUCGAGAGAGAUCAGUAGUGGCAAGAGCAGUCAGAUCAGCAUCAUCGCAAUCUCAGCUCUUGAUUGAGACUGACAGAGGCAGAGCAAGCUAGCGGACAGGCCAUCGGACCAGACGAACGAUAGCCAGACGCAUCUUUCAAUAUCUAGACCGUAGAGACGCAGCAGUCGUCGAUGCCCGCAAAAGUGACAGCUUUCGACCCGGACAAUGACACUGCAAAGCCUCUGACCGUGCCUGAACCUGCCGCUGCCAACUCUUCGAAACCAGAAGCACACCAACCAGUCAAGGACGAUGGGCAGCCAGAAGCGUUCCCUGAGAGAUUAGCCGCACUCGCGGCUGCUAAAGAACGCAAGAGAGUCAAGCGUCAAGCCAAAAAACAGCGACUACGUGAGGAACGCAUCGCAGCCUCAUCCGAGUCUGUCCCUCACGCAAGCCCGGUGCAAGAUGCGGCUGCCCCAGCAAAUGCAGGCUCACGCAAAUCCAAAGCUCGCAAACCUCGUCAGGCUGUCGAGAUUGCCCACUCGUCGUCAGACGUCGACGAUACCGAUGGCGAUGGCUCAGAGGUCACGAAAGUCAAUUCGGCAGAUCUUCCCAUCGUCAAUCUGAGCAAACUGGCAAGUUCGAGCUGGGCAGACGAGACUGCACUCGCUUCUGCAGACCAAGACAAAGCUCAACAGCAAAAGGCCGCUGUCCUGCCAUCGACCGCCCAAGCCAAGCGUAGUGCUCGACGAGCGGGAGAUGUCGCCAAGACAUCUCCGCAUGCUGAAGCAGCACCGCGACGACAGUUUGCCCGCGAUGGCAGGCUACUCAGCGAGUCCUUACGCGCGAUCGGCAAUUACCGCGAUGAGCACGCCACCGAUGCAGGCGCCUCAUCAUCUGCCGCCCGGACCUCGUCACCUAUCGUGCACAAGUCAAUUUCCACGCCAGCGCCCGUUCCAGUGCCGGCUCCACAGACAAGAGCUGGAGUGCAAUCGACUGAGUCGAGUAAGCCUGUUGCAAAGGCGCCAAAAGUCAAGCAAGUCAAAGCUCAGCCAACUAAUGUGCCUGCUGUGCCUAGUCAGCUGCGUAUCGUCAGAUCCGCUGUGUCCGUCAGCCAGGCCGACGUUGGACCUUGGCGUCAUGAUAAAUUUCAGGACGAGUCAACAAGCGCUACUUCGUUGAAUGCGCCGCCAUCGAAGCAACCAAUUCGAGUAUCCCUGGGUCAAUCUACAGCGCGCAAGCCUUUCACGACGGUUGGACCGAGCAAUGUAGCCGUCCAAACUUUGCCUCAAUCGCGAGCAGCAUCCCGCGCCUCCGUGCAGAUUCAGACCGAUCCAGGCCGCCAUGCGGGUGACAAGAACGAGCAAGAGAUGAAUAGCGCGCAGGCCGUCCCUCGUGGCGAUCGAGAGACUCUUGAGCUCGAGAAGCGUAUAGGUCGAUUGAGCACAGACGAGGGGAUCUUCGAUGGCCGUCGAGAGUCGUCUACAUCGAGCAAGCCCUAUUAUUCUGGCGAGUCUCGUGCCCUGUCAACGCCCGGUGGGCUUUCGGUAGCAACUCCGGAGCUUCUGGCCUAUCCAGCGCAGUACGGGCCUGCUUACUACUACCCUGACGAUGGCUCGAAGCACUACAUGCCGCAAGCCUUCGACAUGUAUGGCUACCCGAUCAUGCAAGGGCCUCACAUGAUGCAGCUCCCGAAUUACUACCCUCAGCCUGACUAUUCGCCCGUCAAUACGCCGCCGCCACACUUUUCACCAGGUCGCUACCCGCCCUACGGAGUGGAUUACCACAACGAAAGGCAAAUGCAACGGAUCGACAAUGCAGGCGGUCUCGAGUCUCGUGGCAUGCCUGGAUUUGCACCGCAUCAGGUAGAUUCCUACCAGCCAUACAUGUACUAUCAGCAACCGCCGACGAUGUACGCCUACCCAUCUCAUCCUCCACUUCAGUCCAAGGAUCAAGCUCAAAUCUCACGACCAGAGAAUCGGGCUUACUCGGACCCUGCAAUCCUUAGCUACGUCAAGCCAAAUGACCGCUAUAAGCCUUAGAUAGCGCGCGCAAUGUUGCUACCCCAUGUUUCUGUAAACCUCCACGACCGAAUGCAUGAAGCAGUUGUUCACGUGAAUAGAUAUGCACCUGUU